AAUCUAUUAUUAUUAUUAUUGAUUAUUAAUAGACAGCACGAUGUAGAAAUAGAAAAAAAAUAUUUCGCUAGGCAGUUGAACGAUUUAUUAUAACCAAAGGUAUAUGUGUAUUUAAAUCGUAUAGGCAUUAGGUGCAAACACUAAUACCUAUACAAAGUUAUAAACUGAAUCACUAAAUUGGGGCUCUUUGAAAGUAAAUAAUUAUGGAAGAUGUUGGUGACAUCGAAGACUUAAUAUCAUCCAAUGACGAUGUUGCUGAAAUUGGUAGAAUUAAACCUAGGAACAUGGUGUUUCUGCGUCCCAAAAUUAAGGACAAAUCACCAAGGGAAAUUCAUCAGCUAUCAUCUCAAGUCCCUGGCACCCAAACAAUAUUUAUUAAGACUUGGGGAUGUUCACACAACAGCUCAGAUGGAGAAUAUAUGGCAGGGUUACUAUCAAAUUAUGGAUAUAAAAUAACUGAGGACAAAUCUGUUGCUGAUCUUUGGAUACUAAAUAGCUGUACUGUAAAAAAUCCAGCUGAAGAUCAUUUUAGAAAUGAAAUUUCUGCUGGGAAAAAAUCUGGGAAAUUUGUGGUAGUGGCUGGUUGUGUACCUCAGGGUGAUCAAAAGUCUCCAUUUAUUCAGAAUCUAAGUGUUAUUGGCGUUCAGCAAAUAGACAGAGUAGUAGAAGUAGUAGAAGAAACAUUAAAAGGACAUACUAUUCGUUUGUUGGGUCAAAAGAAGAUAAAUGGAAAAAAAGAUGGCGGUGCCAGAUUACAAUUACCAAAGAUGCGCAAAAAUAAAUUAAUUGAAAUCAUUGCUAUUAGCACUGGAUGUUUGAAUCAGUGUACCUACUGUAAAACAAAACAUGCAAGGGGAAACCUUGGUAGUUAUCCUCCAGAUGAAAUUGUACAAAGAGCCAUAGAAUCAUUUAAUGAAGGUGCUGUUGAAUUAUGGUUAACAAGUGAAGAUACUGGUGCAUAUGGAUUAGAUAUAAAAACAAAUUUACCAGAACUUCUUUGGCGUUUAGUUGCUAUUAUACCUGAAGGUUGUAUGAUGCGUAUUGGUAUGACUAAUCCACCAUACAUACUCAAUCAUCUAGAGGAAAUAGCUAAGAUUUUAUCUCACCCUAGAGUAUAUGCAUUUUUGCAUGUACCUGUACAAUCUGGAAGUAAUCAAGUACUUGCAGACAUGAAGCGUGAAUACUCUAUCGAAGAAUUCGAAACUGUUGUUACUUUUUUGCGACAAAGAGUACCCGGUGUUUCUAUUGCGACAGAUAUUAUUUGUGGUUUCCCAACUGAAACAGAAGAAGAUUUUUCUCAAACAAUGAGUGUUUGUGAAAAAUAUAAAUUUCCUAGUUUAUUUAUUAAUCAAUUUUACCCACGUAAAGGUACACCAGCUGCAAGAAUGCCUAAAAUUCCCACAGACAUGGUUAAACUUCGAACUAAACGCCUAACUGAAUUAUUUCAUUCGUAUACCACUUAUGACCAUAGAAUUGGAGAAGUACAGGAGAUUUUAAUAACCGAAGAAGCUAAAAAUGGUAUUGAGUUAAUUGGACAUAAUAAAUAUUAUGAACAGGUUUUAGUGAGAAAAGAACCAGAGUUAAUGGGCAAGUGUAUUAAAGUAAUUGUGAAGUCUGCAAAAAAACAUUGUCUAAUAGCUGAAAUGGUGGAUAAACCAAGAAUUAUUAAAAAUAAUCUUAAAAAAAUCAACGAUAUGUACUCAAUUUGGCCAUUUUUUGCUUUAUUGGUUUGCAUUUUAGCAAGAAUACUUUGGUUAUUAGUGUAACACAAAAUAUAAUGUAGUGUAUAUAAAAAAAGCUUUAACACAUUUUCAUGACCUCCAUGUAACUUCAACUUCAUCUGUCCUAAACCUAAGAAAAAUUAUUUAUGAUUAAAUUAAGACUAUUUUAGCAAAUAA